CUUUGGGAAAUCCCCUGUUCCCUCUCGAUAAUCUUGUACAGGCAUUAGAUGAAUGGUGGCUACCCCGGAUCUUGCUGUCAUCAUAGUUUACUGGCCUUUCAUCUCAUCCCUUCGAAGCUUUGCGUGUCGAAGUCUUGCUGCGGGGAACGCCAGCUGCCUGGCGUGAAUUUUUUACAUAAAUCACAACCUUCUGGUGUCUAGUUAUACACUGAAAGCUACCACCUUUUUUUUUUUUUGUGCAUCAUUCAGCGGAGUUUCUAUCCUGGAAUUUUUCUCAUCAGCACCCACUGCUGCUUUACUGAUACCCUUGAUCGCAACUGUGCUUGCUGCUCUUGAGUUCUUCUGAGGAUCUAUUGCAUAGAGGGGCAUUGAUUUGACCCUUACUGCCACUUUGACACAUCCCGAGCCUAGUCUCUAUCUCCAGGACCGUCCUUUUACGAAGUGAGGGACGGCCACAGCAAACUGAGACAUUUCUCCUUGCUCAUAUUCCCGCUUGUCCAUCCCUCAUAUCCUGGGAGAUCUUUCAUAAAUCCCAGAGCCUUCACUUUUCCCUGGGCUGGGGCUUCUGGGGGGGUUUAAAUCGUGCUGGCGGGUGGAAUUGUGGACAGGUGUUACGCGCACCCUGACGCGUUUGCAAGCGCCUGGUCGCGUCCAGAGUCGUUGGAACAAAUUUACUUGGUGCCCUCCAAGCAGUGCUACUCAUCUUCUUUGACCAUUCCUGCAUUUCUGUGCUCUGUGCGGUGGGUGUGUUGAGGCGUUUUUGCACUCCCUGCGACGAUUUAGCUCCGUGGGCACCUCCCCCUAAAUUUUCUUUACAACCCACGCGUUGCCUGUCUCACGCCACGGUUCUUUCGCGCACCAAAAGCCAAUCCACAACAGAACCCAACCACCAAAACCAAACAACCACUUCCAACUUCCAACCACCAUCCUCACCCAUCGCCACAUCUACUUUUACCUGUUUCCAGUAUUUAUUCUUUGCUUUUGCACAUUGCCUACAUCCGGGUUUGUCGCAGGCCAUGGCCGAGGAGGGUAAUCCAGCUGUCCCGAAGACCGCAGACUCGAAGGACGAGGUCCCCCAAACUGCAGAGACCACUGCCAAAUCUCCAGAACUGUCGCAAGCCGAUCAGGAUGUUCAAAAGCCGUCGAAGGAAGGCGAUGACGUGGCAGGCCAUGAUCAAGUCGCCGCUCCCGCCGAGGGCAAACCUGAGAAGACAGACACCACCUCCCUGGAAACCGCUGAAAUAGCUAAACCCACUGAGUCGGGAUCGCAAGAACCAGGAGCCACAAGUGAUAAUGCUGAAGCCAGGACUGGGGCGGACGAUCAAGCGACGGGUGCCAAUGGGACCCCCACAUCCGCCAAAAAGUCGUCCAAGCGCAAGUCAAUUGGCGUACCAGAGCAUCGUUCCAAGAAAAUGUCUAAAAAGAAGGCGGUGGCUCCCACUACCCAUCUCGAUGCGCAGCCAGGAGAGUACUACUUUGCUCGUCUGCGAAGCUGGCCGCCAUGGCCUGCGAUUAUCUGCGAUGAGGAAAUGUUACCUCAAAGCCUACUUGCUACACGCCCUAUUACAACCAAACAGAGCGACGGCACAUACACUGAACAUUUCAAAGAUGGAGCCAAGAGGGUCAAUGAGCGGACGUUUCCAGUCAUGUUCCUCCACACCAACGAAUUUGCAUGGAUCCCGAAUACUGACCUUGUGCCACUUGAUCCAGAACAAUGCAAGAACCCAGAGAAGGCCAAAGGCAAAGGCCUGCUUGCAGCUUAUCAGGUCGCCUCCGAAGGCCAUGAUCUCCAGCAUUUUAAGGAUAUGUUAGCAGAUCACCAACGGGCAUUGCAGGAAGAUGAGGAAGCACGAGAGGCCCGAGCAAAAGCCAAACAAGAUAAAAAAAAGCGAAAGAGCAUGGAUUUGGCGGAUGAGCGUGAAGAUGUGGAGAUGGCAGAUGUUGGUGCUGAGAAACCAAAAGCCACCAAGAAACGUAAGAAGGACGUUGAGAGCGAAGGAGAGAGCGACAAGCCCGUGAAGACUCCUAAGACAGCCACCAAGCUUAAGUUGACUACCCCCAAGGCGCCGGCCUCUAGCGAGACCGGCAAAAAGGGAGCUACUGCUAAAGCUACCAAGUCCAAGGGGCCCGGCGGCAGAAAAGCAAAACAACCUCCUCCAGCCAGCGAUGAAGAGGAGGCUGAAGAAGCCCCCAAGGAACCCGAACCGAAGGUUAAUCCCGCAGAAGCCAAGGCGAAAAGAGAGAAAGAGAUUUUCUACCUCCGUCAUCGAUUGCAAAAAGGGUUCCUCUCACGUGAUCAGGUACCGAAAGAGAGAGAAAUGGAAGCCAUGUCCAGCUAUAUCUCAAGGCUGGAUUCCUAUGACGACCUUGAAAUCAGUAUCAUCCGAAAGACCAAGAUUAGCAAGGUCCUCAAGGGCAUCAUCAAAUUGGCUGAUAUUCCUAAGGAGUCGGAAUACAAUUUCCGCGGCCGGUCAAUUGAUAUUUUGAAGAAGUGGAAGCACUGGGAUGCACCCGCUACUGAGCGCGAGGGGGACAAAACUUCGGCCGAAAAUAAAGCAAAGCCCGCUGCCAACGGGGUUCGCGAUGAAAUGAACGGUAAAGGUAGCAGUAAAGAUGAUGUCGCUGCUCCUGACACCGAUGAGGCUAUGCCUGAUGCAGAUGCUGACGAGUCUGAAAAGAAGGCGGAAGAAAAGGAACCAACUUCCUCCACUGCUGAGGAGAAGAUUGAAACUGAGCCUAUGGCUGCUUAAAAACAACAGAACCUGCAUUUGGGAUUUUGGAUGGCCAAGUUUUUGUGGAUAGGCCCCCUAUUGUUACUUUACCAACCUUCAUUCGCAAAUAGCUAAAAUCACUACAGAAGUUAAGUCGUCGGCCUGGGAAGGUUAUAGGUUGGCUUGCUUUUUAUGUCUUCCUUGUUCCUGUCAAAACAACCUGUUGUUUAGUCUUCGCGUUUGCGGUUUGUUUGCCUAUACAGGAUGGUUCGCGCUCAUUGUGCCUUUUUUUUUUUUUUUGUCUUUUCUGCGUUCUUUUUCCUUUUUCAUCAAAAUGCUGAGAUGGUCACAUAUUGUUUGUCUGGCAAUGGAGGGAAUGAUUCUGUACUUGACCUACUAUUGUUGCUUCCUAUUA